UUCCUUAUUUACACAAAACAAAGAAAAGAAUUAACGAUCUGAAAUAUCAAUCUUCAAAAAUGGCUUUGUCUGCCAAACCCAAGAUCUUCUCAUCUUCUUCUUCUCUGUUCAUCUCCCAAUCUUCACAAUCUUCAUCUUCAUCAUCAUCAAAAUCCAGUGCUCUUUCUUUCCUCUACAACUCAUCAUCAUCGUCAUCAAAACCCUCGAUCGAAUCCCUGAAGCACCAACGACGAAGCUCUGUUCAUGGCGGAAUCAAGAGCGUGCUCAAAACGACAGCACCAGCAACCAAAACGACACCGGAAAAGGACUCCUCCAGCUCCUUCUCCAACUACCCAGACAUUUCCAGACCGACCAUCUUGGUCUCCGAGAAACUUGGAGAAGCCGGUCUCCGAGUUCUGCGGGAGUUCGGCCACGUGGAGUGCGUGUACGACAUGUCGCCGGACGAUCUCUGCGCCAAGAUCUCGGCCUGCGACGCCUUGAUCGUGAGAAGCGGCACCAAGGUCACUCGCGAGGUUUUCGAGGCCUCCAAAGGGCGGUUGAAGGUCGUCGGAAGAGCCGGCGUCGGGAUCGACAAUGUGGAUCUGGCCGCCGCCACCGAGUUUGGUUGUUUGGUCGUCAAUGCUCCCACCGCCAACACCGUCGCCGCCGCCGAGCAUGGGAUUGCGCUCCUCGCCGCCAUGGCUAGGAACGUUGCUCAGGCCGAUGCUUCCAUCAAAGCCGGAAAAUGGGAAAGGAACAAGUACGUGGGAGUGUCAAUGGUGGGAAAGACGUUAGCAAUUAUGGGGUUUGGAAAGGUGGGAUCGGAGGUGGCGAGGCGUGCGAAAGGGCUGGGAAUGCAUGUGAUUGCGCACGAUCCAUACGCAGCUGCCGACAGAGCCCGUGGCGUUGGGGUGGAGUUGGUGUCGUUCGACCAAGCCAUUUCCACUGCCGACUUCAUAUCUCUCCACAUGCCUCUCACUCCCACCACCUCCAAGCUCUUCAACGACGAUACCUUUUCCAAAGUCAAAAAGGGUGUUCGGAUCAUUAAUGUUGCAAGGGGUGGUGUCAUUGAUGAAGAUGCUUUGGUCAGAGCCCUUGAUGCUGGACUUGUUGCUCAGGCUGCGCUUGAUGUGUUCACACAGGAGCCUCCACCCAAGGACAGCAAGCUGGUGCACCAUGAAAAUGUCAUUGUCACACCUCAUCUCGGAGCUAGUACAAAAGAGGCACAGGAAGGUGUGGCCAUAGAAAUAGCAGAGGCUGUAGUGGGAGCUUUAAAUGGUGAACUCUCUGCAACUGCUGUCAAUGCACCAAUGGUCCCCCCUGAGGUUCUAUCCGAGUUGGCUCCAUAUGUAGCUCUAGCUGAGAAGCUAGGAAAGUUGGCAAUGCAACUGGUGGCAGGAGGGAGUGGAAUCAAAUCUGUGAGAGUUGUUUACAAAACAGCCAGAGACCCAGAUGACUUCGACACAAGGCUUCUCCGAGCCAUGAUUACCAAAGGCAUCAUAGAGCCCAUAUCAGCCACCAUUGUCAAUCUUGUCAAUGCAGAUUUCACAGCCAAACAAAAAGGCCUGAGAAUAAGCGAGGAGCGAGUGAGGGUGGAUUCGUCCCCCGAGUUCCCAGUAGACUCCAUCCAGAUUCGAAUCUCUGGUGUGGAGUCUAGGUUUGCUAGCUCAGUUGUGGAGAAUGGAGAGAUAAGCAUUGAAGGGAAGGUCAAGUAUGGUGUGCCUCAUUUGAGGUGUGUUGGGAACUUUGGUGUGGAUGUUAGCCUUGAAGGGAACCUGAUUUUGUGUAGACAAGUUGACCAACCUGGCAUGAUUGGCCAAGUUGGGAACAUAUUGGCUUCACAAAAUGUCAAUGUGAGUUUCAUGAGUGUGGGAAGAACUGCUCUUAAGAGAAAGGCCAUUAUGGCAAUUGGUGUUGAUGAAGAGCCAAAUAAGGAAACCCUUUUGAAAAUUGGACAAGUUUCUGCCAUUGAAGAGUUUGUGUUCCUUAACCUAUAGAGAAAAAUUUUGAGCUAUGAGAUGGUCAAAAUGGAUUGUUGGAAAUUCCCAAUUGAAUAAAAGGGUUACUAUGUAGAACUAUUGUGUGUCUUUAGUUCUAAGGCAAGAGUGCAUGUUAGAAUUUUUUUUUUUGUGUGUGUCUAAGUGUAUUUUUCAUUUUUUUUUGGGUGUGUCUAGUGAUCUUUUGUAGUAUUUCUCCAAUAGAUAUGGGAGGCUUUUGUGGCUAUUUUAGUACUAUCCAAGUUGAAUCAAUGUAAUUGUAAACAAUUACAUUUGUUGAUUUAUCUUUUCUUUGUUCA